AUGGUCAACUAUGGUGGAGACGAGGUCUCGGCUCUCGCGGUUGAUAUUGGCUCUUCCUCUGUUCGCGUUGGUUAUGCUGGCGAUGACACACCCAGAGCUGUAAUCCCCUCCAGCUACGGCUACCAUCAAACUCUUCCCGACACGGACACUACGAUGCAAGACCCUGCUGAGGCCGCUAACACGUUCCAAAGGAAAGCAGCCAAAAUGUAUCUUGGGCAAUUUGGACCUUCAGUCUGGCGGGAGGGCAUGCAGGUUGGAAACCCAAUCCAAGGCGGACUAAUCUCCGACUUCGAACCAGUAACGGCUCUCAUUCGACACGCGAUUGAGGACGUUAUGCGCUGCAAUGCGACUGAGCAUCCCAUAUUAGUCACUGAACCGGCAUGGAACACCCCACAGAACAGGGAAAGAAUGGCAGAGAUCAUGUUUGAAGAGUUCCAAGUCCCUGCCUUCUAUAUCGCCAACACUGGUGUCCUCAACGCCUUUGCAGCUGGCAAGGGUUCUGCCCUGGUCAUAGAUAUCGGCCAAAAGAUGGCAAGCGUUACCCCCGUAGUGGAUGGAUUCGUCCUUCGUAAAGGACUUGCGUACUCUGCGUUGCCCGAGCUAGUGCAUUCUAAUGCACAUAGUCUUCUGAAGUCGCCGACCCAGCAUCGUCCAGGGAUCGACCUGUUUCCUCACCAACUCAUAGCGGCCAAAUCUUCUGUGGAGCCUGGUGCUGCCCCGAUUUUCGCCCUGCGGGAAGAUCGAGUUCGGGGGACCACUGACUCAUGGCGAGCCUGGUACGAGGCGCGGGAGGUGGAUGAAUGGAUUCAAAGCGUUGCAGGGGUUCUGGAGCAAGGUUGGAAUGACCAUCAAGUUUCUGCCCGGCCGCCAAAACAGUACGAAUUCCCAACAGGGUACACUGGAUGGUUCUCUGGGGAGCGGUAUAUUGUUGGGGAGCAAUUCUUCCAUCACUCGGCCAACAUGGCGGAAGCAUGGGCACGGCAGAUGAACGCUCCACCUCCCAAAACUAUGCCAGCACUCAUCUCAGAUUCUCUGAGAGCAUGCGACCCCGAACUUCGCCAGGUUCUUGCGGGUAAUGUCGUUUUAACAGGCGGGGGUAGUUUAUUCUCUGGCUUUGGGGAACGUUUAUAUACGGAGCUUCAUCGCUCUUUUCCUCACCUUAAAAUCCACGCACCAGGAAAUCCAGUCGAGCGUCGUUAUGGAGCAUGGCUUGGAGCGAGUGUCCUUGGUAGCUUGGGCACAUUCCACCAACUGUGGAUCAGCCAGGAAGAGUGGAAAGAGCACGGUCGCGCGAUUGUUGGCCAAAGAUGUAAAUGA